AUGCUGAAGACACUCCAUCUGAAGCCAUCACAGAUGAUGAUUCCUGCGCUCCUUUGAUGGCUUCUUAACCAUUUUUUACAAACUUUUUGGAAGCAUCAUGGGUGCAGUCCAGAGCUUCAGGGUUUUGUGCGACGGUACGAAAAACACGAAUGUGCGUUUCAGUCUGCCGUCAGUGUGCGUGGUGUGGCAGACAGCCAUGAUCAUUUUGUUUGGCGUCUUCAUUCGGUACGAUGAAGAGUCAGAUACUCACUGGACAGAAUACAAGACAGCCGAGAACAUAUCCAGUGACAUUGAAAACGACUUUUACUUCCGAUACCCAAGUUUCCAGGACGUCCAUGUCAUGAUCUUCGUGGGGUUUGGUUUCCUCAUGACUUUCCUGAAGAGGUACAGCUUCGGUGCAGUCGGCUUUAACUUCUUGAUCGCGGCCUUCGGCAUCCAGUGGGCGCUGCUGAUGCAGGGAUGGUUUCACUCGCUGGACUACACUGACGGAAAAAUUAAAAUUGGCGUGGAAAGCCUUAUUAACGCUGACUUCUGCGUGGCUGGUUGCCUGAUCGCCUACGGAGCAGUGCUGGGCAAAGUCAGUCCGGUCCAGCUGCUGGUCCUGACUCUUUUUGGGGUUACGUUGUUUGCAGUCGAGGAGUACAUCAUACUGAACCUCAUACAUGCUAGAGAUGCAGGAGGCUCCAUGGUAAUCCAUACAUUUGGAGGUUAUUAUGGUCUGUCCAUCUCGUGGAUGCUCUAUCGACCGAACCUGGACCAGAGCAGCCGCCUGCAGGGGUCAGUGUAUCACUCUGACGUCUUCGCCAUGAUUGGUACUCUCUUUCUCUGGAUGUUCUGGCCGAGUUUCAACUCCGCCAUCACCGACCACGGCGACGGACAGCACCGAGCAGCCAUCAACACCUAUCUGGCUCUGGCUGCAACAGUGCUCACCACAGUGGCCGUCUCCAGUCUGUUCCAGAAACACGGCAAGCUGGACAUGGUUCACAUCCAGAACUCCACCCUGGCCGGAGGCGUUGCCGUGGGAACUGCAGCAGAGUUCAUGCUGAUGCCAUAUGGGUCCCUGAUUGUGGGAUUCUGCUGCGGCAUCGUCUCCACGUUGGGAUACAUCUAUCUCACGCCAUUUAUGGAGAAGUACAUGAAGAUUCAGGACACCUGCGGGAUCCACAACCUGCACGCCAUGCCCGGGGUGAUCGGUGGAAUAGUGGGCGCUAUAACUGCUGCUGCAGCCUCAGAGGCCGUCUACAGCAAAGACGGGUUGAUACACACGUUUGACUUUAAGGGCGACUUCAAAGACAUGGUACCCACGAAGCAGGGGGGUCACCAGGCUGCUGGUCUGUGUGUGGCCAUCUGCUUUGGUAUCGGUGGAGGCAUCAUCGUAGGUUGUAUACUGAGGAUGCCGAUUUGGGGGGACGCUGCGGACGACAACUGCUUUGACGACGAGCCCUACUGGGAGUUGCCGGAGGACGAGGAAACCAGCCCACCUGUCCUGCAUUACAACAACCACAUGCGCAACAAAGAGAUAGCGGAGUCCAAUUUCACCAUGGAGCAGAACUGACGAGGCCUCGCCACUGCAGCUGCUUCUCCUGCUUCAGUUAAUCAAAAUAUUGUGCACUUGAAACGUCAAAUAGAACGUUUUCUUCUAUUUAAUACCAGGUACCAAGUGCUUUGUAAUAAGUGGUCAACUAUAUCUGUAUUUAUUUGUGCAGAUUAGAUUUGAAGAGAAGCAAGCUUUUUGUUUGUGUUGCUUUCUAAGUGACUUUGUUGUUGUUGUUCAUGAUUUCAAAUAACUGAUGUGUAUUUAUUGUAUGCAAAGCCUUGAGCUGACCUGUGUGUCCUUU